GGUUGAAAAUCUCAAAAAGUUUAAGAGUGGUGAUGAUUGUCCUACGUUGGUUUGUACGAACGUGGCUGCUAGGGGAGACUUUGAUGUAGAUCAUGUUGUGAUGUUGUUUGACUUCCCCUUGAAUUAUAUUGACUACCUUCAUCGCACAGGUAGUAUUGCUCGUAUGGGUGCAAAAGGGAAGGUAACAAGUUUAGUUGCUAAAAGGGACUUGGACUUGGCCAGCAAAAUAAAGGAAGCAAUAAGGAACAAUGAGAGUUUGGAGGCUAUCACAAAAGAAAGUGUUCGAAGGGACACUACAAGGACCCAAAUCACAGAGCAGAAGGGAAAGGAUAGAAAAAUGGUUCAAGUUUCAAAAGUCAAGGGCAAAUUUGGUAGUCAUUCCAGAUCUGGAAAUAAUGGAUCAGGUAUAAAAUCUGGCAAAGCUUCACCAGUCAAAUCUACGAAAAAAGGGAUUAACGUUUCAAAAUCUGGGAAAUCUUCUAGGGCAAGUAGCACCAUUAGAAAAGGUUCUUCAGAUAAGAUCCAUGAAAAAUAG